AUGGACCGAGAAGAUAUGCCACGCAUUGGAGUUGACACGUUCGACGAUCUGGAACGAAUCAAGGCUGGUUUCACCCGUCAAAUGCUCGCGCUCCUUGAUGAGAAACUUUCCUCAAGCAGCCUAGGGGGGGAGGGGGAAGCGAUCCGCGCACACCUGAUGGCUUGGAGGGAUAGGACGUUCGAGAUCGCAAAGCCUAAUCUGAGGGUGAAUGGAAUAAAUUACGAGGAUCAUACCAAGGAGGCCGAUGAAACGGAGCCAUUCGACGAAGCGCUCGAUCGCCAGAUAUGGGCAAACCACGACGAGAAGCUCAUAUGGGACAAGACACUGGCGGACUCGAGACGCGUCAAGCCUGUACAAAUCCAGAAGCUUGUCGAAGAUCUAUUGGUUCGGCAGAGAGUGGAGGAGGAAAUCUUGGAUCAGGAUGAGGAGGAUAUGGAGGCAGAUUUGACACUGCCGGAUGUCGGGGAGAUGGAAAAGGCACAUCGGGAGACGCUGGCUUAUUUUGGGGACUUUCAAAAGAAAGUACCCGAACUAUUGGAGAAAGUGUCGAAUAUCACCCGUGUGGAAGAGGACAUGCAGCGUCUGGAACAGUAG